CAGGCAGGUAAGCCGUCAGUCGUCCAAGCGCUUUCUGCAGCCCCAUGGGCGCUAUGGAGGCGGUACCUUUGGCGCAGAGAGCAGCGGUUGGACGGAUUGGAAGGAUCAUGACAUGGAUGCAGUCCUGUACGUCGGCAAAUGGAGGUGCCGUUGCCUUUGUGCCCUCAUCGCCGGCCUCCUGCCUGCUGCUGCCGCUGCAACAGCCUGAUACUUCCACGUCGCACCUAACACCGCCACACACGCCCCAGGAUGCUUCCGGAGAAACCGUGACCUCUGCUGCUGUCACCCUCAGCCUCCCCUCAUCCACAUUCCCAAUACCCAGCGAACAUGCUGGCUGCGAAUGGACUAGCGUUGAGGGUUUCCUGUCUUCUGGCAGUACCCACGAACAAGCAGCGCCGGUGCCACCACCUGCAACCUACAGCAGCAGCAUUGCCUCCGACACCGUUGCUGCUGCGACACGCGCCCCCUCGGCCCUGCUUGGCACGCUGCAGCUCUGGCAGCUGUUGCGGCUGGCGCGAACACGGCAGCAGCCCCUGCUGAUGCUGCACUGCCCGCACCGCCUCGCCGCAUAUCCGCAAUCAUCACACUCGGCGCCACCGCCACUCCCGGUCCUUCUCCUUCACCCAGCAGACCGCCCGCCCCAACCCUCGCCAGCUACACCCUUGUCCUCGUCCGAACUGGAACAGACAGCCAUACCAACAGUCGCAUCAUCCAAAGCCUCACCAGCCAUACCACCAACUCCACCGCCAUCCAGCUUGCUGGUGCCAACAACACCACACACACCAAUGCCCCCAGCAGCUGUGCCAACACCUGUGACAGGGGUCUCUGCCGCACCCGCUGCUGCUGCUGCCAGCCUCCCGGGACCGGCUGCAGCAGCUGCUGCUCCCGGGCUGCUGCUGCGCGGGAUGACCACCGUGAGCUCUGAGGCGCGGCGGAUCCGCGGGGAGAUCCUGGCGGCCACCUCCCUGGAGCAGCUUCGGGAGGUGUUGCGGGGGCACCGCUACAAGCUCCACCCGCAGCUGCGCUGCCUGGCGGUGCUGCAGCUGGCGCGGGUGGCGCGCGCGGAGGCGGCGGCGCUGCCGGCGGACGCGGCGGGCGGCGGGCGGCGGCGGGAGCAGCUGCUGGGCGGCGCGAGGGCGCAGGUGGCGGUGCACAGCGCGGCAGCGCUGGAGGGAGCUGUGGGGCCGGACAUGGAGGGCAUACUGGCGCUGCUGCAGGGCUGGAGCCUGAUACGGCAUCGUGCCCCACCCGAGCACCUGGCACGGGUGCUGGAGUCGCUGGCCCCCGGCUGCUCCGCGACCAUCCUCAACUCCCUACCCGGCUCCCACUCCCCACCCGUACGGCACCAACGACGAGACCCGCACCACCAUCACCAUGGCCACCACCCUCGAGAGCCUCCGCCGCAUCAGUCGCGCCCUCAGCUGCAGCACCAGCAACAGCAACAAGAUGGCCGCGGUGUGCCCGCCCCGCCGAGCCACGCCCGACAGCAGUACGGCCGUCUUCACAUGGCCAACCUCUCGCACGUUACCAUCCUGGUUCCUGCGCUUGCGCAGCUGGGCCUGUUGUCAGAAGACCUGCGCAGAGUCAUAUACAACGUGGCUGUACGACGUGCAAGCUAUGAGGACCCGGAAGGCCUGGCGGCGGCCGCGGAGGCGUUCUGUAAGAAGGGCCUGACUGACCCGUGGGUCGCCGGAGCCUUUCUAGACGCCGCGGUGCAGCGCCAUGCCAAUUCGACGCCGCAGCAGCUGGCAUCGAUGCUGCGGCUGUGCGCCAAGGCAGGUUACUACGCUCCCGAGGCCUACGAAGCGGCAGCGGACGCGUUAGUGACCCGCGGGGUCGGUGGUCUCGAUGGUAAGGACGUGGCGGCGGUGGUGCGUGCCUUUGCGGGCGGCGGACACCCGCACGCGCUGCUGCUGGGGGCGCUGGCGACGCAAGCCAAGCGCGUUGCAUUGGAGGUGCUGGAGGCGCCCCCCGGUUCCGAAGACGGAGGUGAGGGGCACGGCUACUACGGUGAGGGCAGCCGUGCCUUUGGCGGCACUGAGGAGGACGAGGAGGGGGUGGCGUCACGGGGCCCACGUUCCCGCGAGCUGGACCUAAAGGCGGCGCUCAACUCCGUCGCGGCCAUGGUCCAGGGUUUCGGCACGCUGCAGCUUGAAGAUCCGGAGCUGUACGAUACGCUGUCGGCUGCUGCCGUACAACUCCUCCGCGACUUCGUCACGCGUGUUGCGCCGCUGGCCCCCACCUCUCCUUCCUCAUCAUCAUCCUCAUCCUGGUCUCCAGCCGCGGCAGGGCGGGCGGGGCCUUGGGGGAAUCCUACAUCUUCUCCAACAGCAUCAAGUGCCGGCAGGUCCGGAAGCAGUAGCACCAGUAGCGGCAGUGUCAGCGGCAAGCAGCUGUCCGAGAGCCGCGUGCUGGCGGCGGCGCUGGCGGCGCUGUUAGAGGGGCUGGCGGCGGCCGACAGGUACCCGCCCGAUGUGCUGGCGGCGCUGCGGGCGUGGGCGCCCACCCUGGCACCGGUCAUGAAGGCCUCCGAGCUGGCCUCCCUCGCCGGCGCGCUGGCUGCGCUGCGCUACGACGACGACCGCAUCAUGUCGGCACUAGACCGGCGGGCAGCGCAGCUUGUGCGCGCAGCCGCACCCGCAGCAAGUCCCGCGGGCUACAACGAGUCCUGGGGUGGUGGGGGCGGUGGUGGCGGCGGGCCGCCCCCGCCUCCGCUGCUGUCCUGGCUUCCGGGCUUCUUGGAUGCUGCAUGCAGGCAGCUGGCGCACCCCUGCGUGCUCACCCUAUCCGCACUGCUGCAGCCUCCCCCCGCGCUCGCGCGGCAGGCGAGGGGAGGUGGCACUGCGCGGCAGCAUGGUAGGAGCGACGCGGCUGGUGAGCAGUACGAGGAGGGGGAAUGGGAGGAAGGUGGGCCGUUCCUGUUAGAAGCCCUGCUGCACGAAGCUGUAAACGAGGCGGACGCCAGCGGCUUCUUCGUACCCCAGGCCAGCGACAGGGACGCCAGGGCACCUGUCACAGAGGGAGCAUCCGCAACGCCAUCCACCGCAGCGGGGGCGCUGGCUAGCAGCAUCUGUCAGUUGAUGGGCUCGCUGGCGGCCGCAGGAGCCCUCCGCAGCGAGACCGUCGUGCGUUGCCUCACUUGGGCGCUGAGCCGCACCCUCACGCCACCCUCACAGCCCCCUCACACCUCGCAUGCCUCCUCCGGAAACGGCCACCAGUCAACUCGAGGCUGGAGAGGCAGCCACAACACCUCCAAAUCCCCCAUCCCCUCCCAAUCCCACGCUUCCAUCGCGCUAGACACCGCCUCCGCCUGCCACCUCUUCCGUGCCUUCCUAGCCGCCAGCGAUGCCGGUCUCGCUCACGCGCUUCGUGAGGAACUCCCGCCCUCCCUCUCCGCGCCCCUGCUCGCCCGCGCCGCCGACGCCUGGCACGCAGCCGCACUAGGUACCGCCACCCCACGAGCCAUCUCCCCGCCACAGCACGCCUCACCCUCACCCUUAUUCUCGCCCCGCCGGCGUCACCCUGGCAGCGGCGUAGGCGCGGGUAGCAUCUACACCUCCCGUAUGCUGCCGGCCGCUUUGGAGUCCCUUGGACUUCCGGUGUUCGGACAGUGCGAGACACCCGACGGGCACUUCCGGGUUGCGCAAGGAGUGGGACUCGGUGGUGUGAUGGUGGGUGUUGAGAUACUGCCGGAUGCUGCGUUUGCGACGAAUGGCGGCGCGAGGCGGAGGUUGUUGGGGGAUGCG